GACCACCCCUACAAUGCCCAUGACCUAAUUAAGCACCUCUAUAACCACUAGCUACCUAGUGUUCUCUUGGCCUUAGGUGUCUCUUGCUUCAACCUUCAUUGUUGUUUCUUCAGGUCAAUGGCCUCGCUCACUGGAAUGGCCAAACAAAGAGAGCUGAAUGGAAUUCUACUGAGUGAAUCAGAACCGAGGUCGCAGAAACGAAUGUCCGAUGCAAAGUCCAGGGAACUCAGUGGGCAUGACAUCUUUGCCCCACCACCACGAGAGUUUCCGCUAGCUCAGAAAGUAGCUGAGUUAAGAGGCAAUGGCGGAGAGAGAACAGUGAGCGAGGCGAAGCAGAGAGAGAUGGCUGGGAAUGACAUUUUUGGCAAGGGGGAGGGUGCUGCUCCAUCUCGAGAUUAUCUUGGAGGAGUCCGUAAACCCCCAGGUGGUGGAAGCAACAUCACACUCCUUUGAUGCUGCAUGUCUUUCAGGAGCAAUUCAGCUCCUGAUAUCUAUUAUUAUUAUUAUUGUUAUUAUGCAGUGGCUCUCUCAUUUUGGACUUUGGUGAUAGGUUCAAGAGUUUCUGAAUUAACACCAUGAUGAUGAUGAUGAUGAUGAUGAUGAUGAUGAUGAUGAUGUUAAUUCUUGACUUGAAACUUUGGGCUUGGGUUAUGGCAUUGUAAGCUGUGUUUCAAACAUAUUCCCUGUUCAUUUUAAGUUUUGCAGUAUCUCAUGCCACCUACACUACAAUAAAAUCGCUCAUAGACAUCGGUUUUCCACCAGUGUCUAUUUGAUUUUCGACCGA